AUGCUCUCGGCAAAAGUUCUUGACACUCUCAUGAGCACAAGUAUCAAACUUGAUAUGGAUGAAGAAGGGAUUGAUGUCAAUCAGACCAUGUACAGAGGAAUCAUUGGGUCACUUCUAUAUCUCACAGUGAGUAGGCAAGACAUAGUCUUCAGUGUAGGGAUGUGUGCCAGGUUCCAAACAGCUCCAAGGGAAUCACACUUAAAGGCAGCCAAGCGAAUACUGAGAUAUUUAAAGGGAACACAAGACCUGGUCCUCUUCUAUCCUUCUGGUGAUUCAUUUGACUUAAUUGGAUAUGUUGAUGCUGACUAUGCAGAUUGUCUUGUUGAUCGAAAAAGCACUUUUGGCAUGGUGCCUUUCUUAAGUACAAGUGCAAUGAACAUGGCCAAGAAUCCUGUCCAACAUAAGAGGACCAAACACAUAGAUGCGAGACACCACUUUCUUAUGGACAGUGUUGAGAAGAGCAAUGUGGUGAUGAGAUACUGCAAAAUAGAAGAUCAAGUGGCUGAUAUUUCUACCAAGGCAUUGAGCAAAGAAAAAAUCAUCAAGAACAGGCUGAAGCUGGGAUUGCACAAGAUCACCUGA